AUGUCUGCGAUCCGAUCGUCGAUCACGCUCUCUGCGACAUCACGCACGCUCGCGACGGGCGUACCGUUCGCGCGCGGGUUGAACCUCGCUGCGCCGGCGGGCGCUUCCGCCGCGCACCACGGUCACGGCGAUGCCUCGGCUCGUUCCGACUUUGGGCAGAUCCCGACGUGGUCGCAAAAGACCGAGCUCAAGUCGGUUGGUGGUCUCGUUUCGAGGGCCAGCGUGAAUGGUGAGUGCGCAGUCGUCGGAACUGUGACUGUGCGCCGUGCUCCGCCUAGCCCAUCGCCCAUCCCGUCGCUGCCUGCGAGCGGGCGUCGAUUCGGAAGCGUCGGGAUUGGCCUAGCCCAGCCAAACGGGUCCGACCUCGACUCCGACACGCCUGCAGGGUGCCACGAGUAGGGCGAAGGGGGAAAGCAUACGUGAAAGUCGAAACCGGAGGGGGAUCAUGCACUCGAUCCAUAUAUGCACUCGUCGCUGCGGGUACCAGGCGCGGGAUGGGGGGUUCCGCCGCGACGAGGCGUUUUGUCGAUCGGGGCCGGCUCAACGGGGGCGGAACGAUUCGGACUCACUCCUCUGCUGCACACGCCAUCGCACGCCCCGUCCUGGACGACUCGACAUGAUGGAGUUGGUACGAUGCCGACGAUGCGAUGCGCCUGGGCGGGCCGGAUGCUGCUGCACGUGCACCGCUCGACCGUCUAUUCCGCAUCAUCGGCCCGCGAUCGCAUACCCACCUGUCCACCUCUCUCCACGUCCACAACACCAUAUUCGAGCCCAUGGCCAUCUCCAUUGACAUUCAACUGACUGCCUCGUUGAUCUGUUCUCCUUCAUUCAGCCUUGCCCGCCCGCCCCUUCCAACCGCGCUUCAUGUCGACCUCCUCCCAGCAGCUCGCACCCACGACCCAGGUCCCCGACUUCACCCCCUACACCAAGGGCACAACCGAGACCUCGGGCCGAGCCUACUCUUACUUCCUCGUUGGUGCCAUGGGUACCUUGACCGCCGCCGGUGCCAAGUCGACCGUCGCCGAUUUCUUGACCAACAUGAGUGCCUCGAGUGAUGUCUUGGCUUUGGCCAAGGUCGAAGUCGACUUGAGCGCCAUCCCCGAGGGCAAGGUAUGUCGUUGUACGGAGAGCGUUAGAUCGGGACGUAGCAGAGACUGACAGGCCCCGGUUACCCUGUCGCACGCAGAACGUCAUCAUCAAGUGGCGCGGAAAGCCCGUCUUCAUCCGUCACCGUACCGCGGAUGAGAUCGAGGAGGCCAACAACGUCGACAUCAAGUCGCUGCGUGACCCCCAGACCGAUGCCGACCGUGUCAAGAAGCCCGAAUGGCUCGUCAUGCUCGGUGUCUGCACCCAUCUCGGUCAGUCCUUUACUUUGGGUCUGUCCAGACGCUUCCCGAUGUGCUGCUGAUUCUCGGGCUUCCACCUUGCACCCAAACAGGAUGUGUCCCUAUCGGAGAGGCCGGUGACUACGGAGGGUGGUACUGCCCCUGCCACGGAUCGCACUACGAUAUCUCGGGCCGAGCGCGACGUGGGCCGGCGCCGUUGAACCUCGAGAUCCCCGAAUACGAGUUCGAGGAGGGAGAUUCCAAGCUCAUCAUCGGUUAA